UUGCUUCUUUCUCGUUCCGCCAUUGACCAAUUUACUCCAAUAGGAAAAUUGAAAAUUUAGGGAUUUUCCUCGGUGAUUCUUAGAUAUAUAUUAAAUAUGAUUAUCAUCAGGUGUGAAUCGUUUUAAAUGUGGAGAUGUUGUGAUUUAGAUUCUGAGUGUGUGAUGAAGCUUUUGUGUGUAUUCUGAUUUUGAUUAAAAAAAAAAAAAGAUUGUGAGGAGGAUGACUGAUAUUGAUCCUUUGCAUCAAAAACCUGACUCAAUGGACGGUUAUGAGGAUUUCAUGGAAGAAGAUUGCAUCUCAUUUGAGUCAUGCAGCUCUAUCCACAACCCUGAGAAUGACCAUGAACAAGAGGAGGAAGAACAUCCUUUAAGGAGGAGGAGGAGAAGUCAAGGAGGUGGUGGUGAUACAGCUGAGUCCUCUGCUGCAAGGCAGUCACGGAUUUUGAGCCGGUGGGCUGCAAGGCAGGCUCAGGAGAUGAUUACAACGAUUGAGAGGAGGAAUAGAGAGUCUGAACUUAUUGCUAUCGCUGGUUUACAUGCUGUCUCUACGCUUGAUUCGUCUUUCCUUAGGGAGGAGGCGACUGUGUCGCCUCCUCCUCCUCCGUCUUUGAGGCGUCAGGAGAGGCCGAGGACUCAGGCGUCUGGGAUUUUGCAGAUGUGGAGGGAGUUGGAGGAUGAGCAUGUUUUGAGCAGGGCGAGGGAGAGGAUGAGGUUGAGGGAGAGGAGUGGUGGUGUUGCUGAGAGUCGGGUGAGUGGGAACGAGGAGGUUCUGAGAGGGUCUAGUGAGAGUGAGAAUGGUUAUGGGUCUUCUAGUAGGGAACAGUCUCCUGAUCUUGGCGAUGUUGAGAGUGAGAGGGUUAGACAUAUUGUGCGUGGAUGGACGGAUGGUGGAGUUAGUGAUAAUUCAUCUAAUGUGAGACAGAGAAACGAUAGAGGAGAAUGGCUUGGUGAUACUGAGAGAGAAAGGGUCAGGAUUAUCAGGGAGUGGAUGCAGGUGACAACUCAGCAGAGAGGAGGAGGAGGUCGUGUAAGUCGAAGAGAAGAUCAGCAACGUUCGACUGGCUCACAAGAUGACAGGACUCAUGAGAGAGCACCAGUUCAGAAUGAGGAAGGGAGACGGGAGCAUAGUCGUAGAGACUUGCGGAGGCUACGAGGAAGGCAGGCAUUGGUUGACUUGCUCAUGAGGAUUGAACGAGAGAGACAGAGAGAGCUUCAGGGUUUGUUGGAGCAUCGUGCUGUCUCUGAUUUUGCUCAUCGCAACCGGAUUCAGUCGCUUCUUAGAGGAAGAUUCUUGCGGAAUGAGUCACCUGCAGUGGAAGUUAGAGCUCCAUCAAUGGCAGCAAGUGAACUUCGUCAGCUAAGAGAAAGACAGACAGUUUCUGGUUUGCGGGAAGGAGUUCGUGACAGGCUAGAAAGCAACACUAAUGCCGAUAACAUCAGUACUUCCAGGAAUAACCGAAUAAUAGCUAAUACUUCCGAGGGUUCUCAGCCACUAAAUGAGAGUUUAAAUUCUUCUACCCCUCUCUUACCUAACGAUUUGGGCAGCUCGGGAAGUAAUGGAAUAAAUUCAGAUAGAAAUUGGGAAGAAGAUACCAGUCAAGAUAGGGUUUGGCCUGAAGUUUUCACAACAGAUGAGGGGCGAAGUUUUCUGCAAGCAACGUUAAGCCAGCUCAGUGAAAGGGAUAAUGGUAACACAGGUAUAAACGGGUCAGAAAACUCAGUUGGCGACAUGCAUCAGGACGGAACUGGUAACUCAAAUGAAAAUGUUAUAGGAGAAGGUCAGAGUGUAUGGCCUGCAGAUAACUCCAGACAAUCUGAUGGGAAUCAGCCUGAGACACCUUUUGGAGUCCCAAGGACUCGCCGUGGAGUACCAAUGAGAAGGUUAAACAGGCUCCAUCUACCUGAUGAUGAUAACCUUAACAACAGCAUUGAACUGCGGGAGCUACUAAGCAGGAGAAGUGUUUCUAACCUUCUACGUAGUGGCUUCCGUGAAAAUCUAGAUCAACUGAUACAGUCAUAUGUUGAGAGGAGAGGAGGACUUCCUCACAUUGACUGGGAUUUUCAACCAGAAACAUUGGAUUCUCAAGAUCAUCGUAGAGAGCAACAAGGGUUUCUACAGGACGAUGAUCAGCUUGACGGCAUCAAUCAAUCUCAAACGCUGCCAACUCCACCAAUGCCUCCACCACAGCCAAUAUGGCAUCACACUAGCUACGCUCGUUCUUUGCGUAGAUCUGAAUUUGAAUGGGAGAUAAUGAAUGACUUGAGAGGAGACAUGGCGAGACUUCAGCAAGGAAUGAGUCAUAUGCAGAGGACUUUAGAAACAUGUAUGGAUAUGCAGUCUGAGCUGCAACGUUUGGUUAGACAAGAGGUCUCUGCAGCUUUAAACCAAUCUCCCAGUGACAAAGGUCUUGGACCAGGAACAUCCGAAGAUGGGUCAAGAUGGGCUCAUGUAAGGAACGGGACUUGCUGUGUCUGCUGUGAUGCCGACAUAGAUGCCCUCUUGUACAGAUGCGGGCACAUGUGCACUUGCUCAAAGUGCGGUUACGAGCUGGUCCGAACCGGAGGGAAAUGCCCGUUGUGUAGAGCGCCAAUCCUUGAGGUAAUACGAGCCUAUUCUAUCGCAUAAGCCCUGUGAGAUUGGAGAACAAGAGAACGGAAUUUUUAUUGAUGUCUGAGCAAGAACAGAUUCUUUCAGCGAUGUUAACUCUCUGAAAGGGAUCAAACCAAGAGCAGACACAUUUAUUCUGACAUCAGUAGUUCUAUUUAUUUUAUUUUUCAGUUGUUGAGUGUCAUCACUGUUUAAAAAAAAUAACAUUACUAAUUGAGUGAUAUUUCACAAAGAUGAUGAUCGGGUGAAAAAAUCAUAUUUGUGCAUACAGAGACACCAUUUAAUAAAUAUCACUAAUAUUGUAUAUUUCUG